AUGGUACAGCGUGUUGGUCCUGAUUAUACUAACAGAUCGAAGAAGUUUCUUCUAACUGCGGACGACAGGAAGAAUGCAUUUGAACGACAGUAUAAUCACGUAUACAUGUCUCGGCUGGAUUUACUUAAGGCGAGGAUAAUCGAUGCUGCAAAGAAGGAAUUAGGUGAGGAAAUGGUGUACAAACAGUUGGAGGAUCUGGAGAUGCACGAGAAGGCAUUCGUCAUCGGGACCAUUGAAAAAAGAAUCAGUAAAAGACCUAGUGUGUUGAAGGAGAUCGCUGAAGAUGAAAUGGUCAUGCCGGAAGACUAUGAUCCGGAUGAAAUGAUGUCGAUUAUAUCGAACAAAGAUUUUCUAGAGUUUGAAGACGAAAAACAGAUCGUAAAGUUGGAGGGGAAUAUUUCGAUGGAUGAGGUGGCUACUGGGUGCACUGCAGGGCUGUAUGGAUGCCAGGUGAAAUCUGAUGUAUUCCAAGUGGAGAAAGUUAUCUGGCCAACACCUUGUCCUCAGCGUCCAUGGCCGACCAAAAAAACAGGAGGAGUCGUCGCUUUUUUGUCUGGUCUUGAGCUCACUGGUGAUGCGGUCAAUGAUAAACUUGUCGCCACGGCAUUCGAUUCAAUGACGCGUUGGUUAACCGGAGACACUACGCCCGAGCCUCAUCUUUCAUCAAUUUCUUCUCGCGUGGAGAGAUUGGUCGUGCUUGGAGAGAGCAUUGCCAUUGGACAG